AUGACAGGCGAGUUCGGUACGCUACCAAAGCCAGCUAAGGGAGUUGCAGAUUUUACUGUCGCAGUCCCUGAUGAUGAUGUUGAUGAGCUCAAACAGCUCCUCAAGCUCAGCAAGAUUGCUGGACCGACAUAUGAGAACACGCAGGAAGACCGCAGGUAUGGGGUCACCCAAGCCUGGCUGACAAAGGCAAGAGAUCACUGGCUCAAUGAGUUUGACUGGCGUGCUUGUGAGGCACAUAUCAAUUCAUUUCCCAACUUCAAGGCUGCGAUCGAACAUGAUGGCGAAACCCUUUCAGUCCACUUUCUCGCCCUCUUCUCCAAGAAAUCUGAUGCCGUGCCUGUCGUAAGCAUUCACGGCUGGCCUGGCAGCAUCUUGGAGUAUGUCCCCCAGCUUGGCCUCAUCAGCAGAGAAUAUACGCCUGAGACCCUACCAUAUCACAUCAUCAUCCCUUCGCUGCCUGGAUAUGGCUUUUCAUCUGGUCCGCCCGUCAGCAAGGACUACGAUGUUGCGACUGCCACAAGGAUUUUGAACCAAUUGAUGAUCAAUCUAGGCUUCUCCACCGGCUAUGUCGCAACAGGUGGGGAUAUUGGUAGUGGCGUCGCACGGAUCAUGGCGGUAAGACACGAUGAGUGCAAGGCCAUCCAAAUCAAUUUCUGUCCGAUCAGAAAUCCGCCGGAGCAUUAUCCUCGCGAAUCUCUCACUGAAUUCGAAAAGUCGUGCGUUGAACGUGGAGAGACAUUUCUGCAGACUGGGGCUGCGUAUGCGAUGGAGCAGGGAACCCGACCUUCGACUCUUGGCUUAGCCCUCAACUCUAGCCCACUUGCCUUGCUCGCUUGGGUAGGAGAAAAGUUUUUGGCUUGGUCAGAUGAAGACCCCAGCUUGAACACCAUAUUGCAAGAUGUUUCACUUUAUUGGUUCACGCAGACCAUCAGCCGCUCUUUCUACCCAUACCGACAACGCUUUGAAGGCAAAUUGUCUGGAUCUGGGGCGGAGAACCCGGAGCUCUUUGUCAAAAAGCCGUUUGGAUAUCAACUUUUCCCGAUGGAGCUCAUGCCGGCCCCGAAGGCCUGGGCUGCGACAACAGGAAACCUAACUUGGUUUCGCCAGCACGGCUCGGGCGGGCAUUUUGCAGCAUUGGAGAAGCCAGCGGAGACCAAGCGGGACCUCGAGGAUUUCCUGAAACAGCUCGCUGAGGAGAAGGUUCAAUUCGGAUCGUGA